UCCGGUCUCUAGCCCGCCCCUGCUGCGUAGGUGCCGGGUGAAGCCCAGGACGUGAAGUGUCUCUUGCUCCGCCUGCAUAGCUUAGAGGUGUAUAUUAGGGGGGAUUGGGGCCGGCCAAGGAAGACGAGGACCCAGGGGCCUGUGCGGCUGGGUGCCAGUCCCUGGUAGCCUGACAUUAAGGCUGCUCGAGCCCCAAGUGUUUCUCCUGUCUCCCCCAUCUCGUGGUCCCCGGCCCAACAUGAUACUGACCAAAGCCCAGUACGACGAGAUAGCCCAGUGCCUAGUGUCUGUGCCGCCCACCAGGCAGAGCCUGAGGAAGCUGAAGCAGAGGUUCCCCAGUCAAUCGCAGGCCACUCUGCUGAGCAUCUUCUCCCAGGAGUACCAGAAGCAUAUUAAAAGAACACAUGCCAAACAUCAUACUUUGGAAGCAAUUGAAAGUUAUUACCAGAGGUAUCUGAAUGGAGUGCUGAAAAAUGGAGCUGCCCCAGUGCUCCUGGAGUUAGCCAAUGAGGUGGACUAUGCACCCUCAUUAAUGGCUCGGAUUAUACUGGAGAGGUUUCUCCAAGAACACGAGGAAACUCCACCCUCGAAGUCUGUUAUAAAUAGUAUGCUGCGGGACCCUUCUCAGAUUCCAGAUGGAGUUCUAGCAAAUCAGGUCUAUCAGUGCACUGUGAACGACUGCUGUUAUGGACCACUGGUGGACUGCAUCAAACACGCCAUUGGUCAUGAACAUGAAGUCCUGCUGAGAGACUUGCUUCUAGAGAAAAAUCUUUCUUUUCUGGAUGAAGAUCAGCUUCGUGCAAAGGGUUAUGACAAAACACCAGACUUUAUUUUGCAAGUACCAGUUGCUGUAGAAGGGCACAUAAUUCACUGGAUUGAAAGCAAAGCCUCAUUUGGUGAUGAAUGUAGCCACCAUGCCUACCUGCAUGACCAGUUCUGGAGCUACUGGAAUAGAUUUGGGCCAGGCUUGGUCAUCUAUUGGUACGGCUUUAUCCAGGAGCUGGACUGCAACCGGGAGAGAGGCAUCCUGCUCAAAGCCUGCUUCCCGACCGACAUUGUCACCUUGUGCCACAGCACUGCUUGACCCUGGAGAUCCUAGAGGAGAAGCCGAGAGGAGGAGGUGACUCCGGAAGCAAUUUCACUUUCCUGCAGUGUAAACUCCUGGCAACAUCUGCCCUGAACUUCAGCUGAACUUUUGCUGCCCGUGGUCACACCACUACCUCUUUAGACAAACAUAUCAAGAGUUUCUGUUUUCCUUCAUCCCUUGCUGAUGUGAACAGCCAAGAACUACAGACACAACCCACUCAUUAUCAGCAUUUCUGUCUCUGUGAAACAGUUAGUUUAUAGAUAGUCAUAAUCUUUCUUCCUUCCGGAUGGUUUCUCCUUGUAUACUGAACAAAAGGAAAAAUGUGGAGACUGAAAGGUGUGUGAUUUCUCAGUUCUCCUCCCAGUUACCAAAUCACCAUUUUUUUUUUUCUUCUAAGCCUCCAUUCAUUCUUUUUGUCUGCCUCCCCCUUCCUCAUGUGCACUUCAGAUACUCAGUGUUGCAUUACCGUCAGGGACUAAUCUAGCACAACCCUAGGGAAGCUGAAGACAUGAAGCCCGAAAGUAAAUGUUUGCUCUCAGCUCCGGGCUCUGGCAGAGCAGAGAGGGUGGCCCAUGCCGCAAGCUCCUUUUGUCCUGUCUUCAUGGUUUCCUGACCUCGGUGCCCCUAAGCCAAGCUGCAAACAAUAUACUGCAUGAGAAUUUCCUUUUUGAAUAAUGCUUAUUGACCACCAAACAACUUACAUUUCUCUCAUUUAACAGUAUCAAUUACGUUGUGUCUGGAAGCCACACUUGAGGUUGGAGGCCGAGAGGAGAGGACUGAAGUGCAAAGCCAGCAUUAAGGAGAGCCCAUUUGUAAAAUGACAGGGCUAGUUGUCAGUAUGUACUUUGGCCAAUAUUUUUAUGAGUAAAAUUUUUUAAAACACACAUUCUGGAGUAGAUGUUUGGCCUAAGUUAAGAUGUUACUUGGGACACUUACAUCCCAUGUCAGCGUGCAUGGGGUCAUGUGCCAGCUCUGCUGCUGAUUCCAGCUUCCUAUUAGUGCUCAGCUGUUGGACGCAAUUGGGAGUGAACCAGCGGGUUGGAGAGAUCUCUCUCCCCUCCCCCAUUCUUUCUCUUUCAAAUAAAUAACAAAAAUGGGUGAUGAAAUAUUUAAGCAAACAAAGUACAUUCUGUACAAUGCUUAUACCUGCAUUUUAUACCACAUAAUUAUAAUCUUUAAAUAAUUUAAGCGUUAGAAAUAUUCAGCUUUGAAUAACCCAAGUGUAUCAGAUAAAUCUUUAAAAAAAAAAAAAAAAAGUUGCUCUAGGUUUAUUUAUUCAAAAGGCAGAAUUGCAGAGAGGCAGAAAGAGAGAGAUCUUCCAUCCAUUGGUUCACUCCCCAAAUGGCUGCAACAGCCCAGAGCUGGCCUGAUCUGAAACCAGGAGCCAGGAGCUUCUUCUGGGUCUCCUAUUCAGAUACAAGGGCCCAAGGACUUGGGCCACCUUCCACUGUUUUCCCAGGCCAUAGCUGAGAACUGGAUCAGAAGUGGAGCAGCCGGGAUUCAAAGUGGUGCCCAUAUGGGAUGCUAGCACUGCAGCACUGGCUUUACCCACUUUGCCACAGUGCCAGCCCCAAGAGCAACAUUUAAAUAAGCAAAAUAAAAGACAUUUUAUUUGUCCCCUUUAAUUUAUUCACUUUCAUAUACUAUACAUCAGACUUCAGUGUAAAGCAAAAGCAUCAAUAAACUAAGCCUAUCUUUGGAGAACUUAAAAAUCUGCAACCAAAAGUAUAUUUAGUAAAGUAUUUGCCACCAAGCUGGAAAGACAACUUUCAUAAUGUUGAAUAGAUAAUUUUUCAAAUAUUAAUAAUAACUUUUAAAACACCGUAAGUCAUAUUGCUUUGAUUGAUUUUAAAGACCAAAUCUAUCAUUUAUGCUGUUCAUUUUGCCUGCAAAACUCUGCAUGUUGCUUUUCCCUUAACACAAACUUGUCAGAUUUUUUACUCUAUAGUUAGCUGCAUUAAAUCAACAGAGGAAGAGGAUGAAAUGAGAGGUAUAAGACAUCUUGGUUUCAGUAUAAAAUUCAUCAUGUGGAUUUUACAUGUGAAACAAUAUUGCCUACAUACAUGCAUAUUUUAAGCAAAAAUGUUAAGAGGGUUUCUUGCUCCAAAUAGUUUUUUUUCCUUAGGAAUAAAGUAUAUUUAUCUGUACAGAUGUUGAAAAUCUUAUUAAAUCCUUGUCAAGGAUUUGUUUUACA